UGUCGUCUGCUCUCUGCAUUUCUUUGCAUCGCAUGUUUAAUAGAGAUUUUAAAGACUAUUACUGUAUGAUUUUGAAAUUUGUUCCGUUGAUGAGACGGUCAGCAUUUCGAGUUUUUUGGUUGUGAUUUUCACACAGAGUUUGCUGCAUAAUCAGAAAAUCUUAAUGGAUGUGGACCAUGGUUUCUUCUCCAACCUCUUUGAGGCGUACAAUACGAGUGCUGUGUGGAAAGCCAUGGAUUCCUGGUACAGGGCAUCAGAGACAGUGGCCGUCACAUCCUGGGGUUAUGCUCUUCUCUACUACGAUUAUAUCAUGUCUCUGCUGAGCAAUCUAAUUGAUAGGAUUCCAGCAUACCCCAUUGUGAAGAGCCUGAUAUCGCCUGUGACUUUGCCCCAGCUGUAUGCCUUCCUCUGUGGAGUCUGUAUUAUGUGCUCCAUUCUUGUCUGGCUGAAGAUUGUCCCCACAGCAUUCGGUAACAAGCAUCUGUCUCUGACUGCAUCACCUACAUCAAUCACAUCUACAUCACCCUCAUCACCUCCAUCUACAUCAUCUGCAUCACCUACAUCUCCGUCGCCUACAUCUACAUCACCUACAUCUACAUCUAGGAGUUUAACAUUGCCCAAUCUAGGUACAUGUAUUUACAGUUUAUAUCAAUUUUCCACAUCAAUAUUUAACACAAAAAUGAAGUAUGAUUGUACAUACACACUGUACCUCUAUAGUAUAUUUUAUCAAUCAGUUCUCUUAAUCCAGACAGCUGUAUUCUUUCCUCAUAAUGUUGUAGAUGAAAGGAAACCUCAAGAACUUGACCCAGUGAAAGAAAGCAUAUGUUCCUUGUAUGAUGUUUUUGACCUAGCCAAAACAGCCUACGAGAAGGGCCAUACUGAAGCAGUGAUGAAGGAGGUGGAGUCAAGAAACCUUGAUGUCAACAUGUCAGUUCCUAUCAGUGGGCUAUCACUUUUCAUGUGCGCAUGUCUGAGUGGACACAGGCGACUCAUCCAGUAUAUGACAGAGCAGGGUGGCGACCCCCACUGUACAAGCACUCAGGGGGACUCCCCACUAUAUUUGGCAACCUACGGAAUCUUGAACUCUCCGAACGGCAAGCCUGACUUUGGUGCGCUUGAUGAGCUCAUAGACGCCGGUUGCAGUGUAAAUAAAUCCAACCAUCGAGGCUACACUCCCUUGCAUCGUGCUGCCAGUAAAGGUGAUCUCCCUUUGGUUAACUACCUUCUCAUGAAAGGUGCCGACCCAUAUAGGUGCAACAAUUCCGGAAUUUACCCAAUAGACAGUGCUGUCAGUGCAGGUCACAAAGAGGUUGCGCAGGCUUUGCGUAUUGACGUUGCUAACCCUCACGUGUGGGACGUCAUAGAGCCUCACACCCCGCCCCAUAUCUCCCUCGGGCUGAUGAGCCCUCACCGGCGACUCAUGCUAGAGUCACCGGCACCAAAGCUACCUCUAAUGACUCUAAGAUAAGAUAGUCACUCUCUCUGUGAUAAGCUUAGAACACUGUCUGAAGCUUGAAUUUAUUUAUUUAUUUAUUUGAUUGGUGUUUUACGCCAUAAUCAAGAGUAUUUCACUUAUACGACAGCGGCCAGUAUUAUGGCGGACAGAGCCCGGGGGAAACCCACGACCAUGCGCAGUCGUGGAAAGGAAGCCAGCAUAAGCUAGACUGGAAUUCACAGCGACCGCAUUGGUGAGAGGCUUCUGGGUUAUUACGCCGCCCUAGCGCGCUAACCAACUAAUUUAGUGUACAGACGAACUGUGGUAAAAACAAUGAAUCAAAAUGACUCACGGAUAUUAUAUUAUUUGGUGCGAUGAUUCCAACUUUUCUCCCAAAUGUGACCUUAUUAACUGCACAUUCCAUAUGUCAGCAAUGCUCUCCAUUUUCAGACGCUGACCAUUCACGGUUUGAACAAUAUCAGUUGUCCCAUGGCAAUUUGAUUUCAUUUAUAUCAUACGGAAGUUACUGUGUUGAUACUUAAGAUACGUAGUAGUUGAGCUGAAAUUCGGAUAUCAUCCCUUCCUGAUACUUGUGACCGGAAACAAUGCAUUUACCAUUUUUGGACUUUCUAACAAGUUUUGUCUGAAGGAGAAAGUAACAUGAAGGUUAUCCGAAAAAGAAAAAAAAAAUGAAAAAAAUUAAGCUCUGUGACUGUGGGUCUUAAUAGAUCCACACCAUAUUGGUCAAAGAAUACUGUGGAAAAUUUUAUUUGCAUUUUGAUUCCACGACUGUGAUAUUUCAACAACUUUUUGUUGUAUUUUUUUUUAGACGUUUGCUGUAAUGUGGCUUGUGAGACAAUAUGGAUUAGUGGUAUACCAUUCAGUAUGUCAAGCGCUUGCCACAUUACCAGUAAACAGUCUGAAUAUGUUUAAUAAGAUGAAACGAUAUUACUUCGCAUUUAUACCUUUUCAUUGUACAUGUAAUUCGUUUCAAUAACAAGGAUGAUGGCAGUAGUUUUGUAAUCCCUCAUUACUUGCUAAAUCUAUCUCCAUUAGUAAUCGCUCUUGUUUUGGCUGUAUCAGUUUUUAAAAAUAUAUUUUAUAUAGAAACUAAUCAUUUAAUGUAGAAACUGGCUUGCAUGGCAAUUAUGCAGGACAGGGCCCUUAAAAGUCACGGUUCCUUAUGUUGCAGUUUUGUUAUUUGUUGCUUAUUAAAUAGUGUAAAUUUCCUUG